CCCGUGAAGAAUGAUUAGCAUGCAGGAGACCAGGAGAAGUUUCCAGCGUGAGUGAGGACGAGAACGAGUGAACGAUUGAGAGAAAGAGGAAAAUACAAGCAGAAGAAAGUUGAGAGCGACGGCAGCUUUCUGAGACCGAAAAUGAAAUUUGAGAAGUAGUGACCAGUCAGAUACUAUAGAGGAGUAAACAGAGGUCUGAACCACAGAGCAAACAAACCUGCAAUUACAUCAGAUGGAGGUGGAUGUAGCAGAUGAGAAGCGCCAUUGCACACGCUCAAAAGACUGACCUCUCACGUCCUUUGUCCUCUCUCUUUCCUCACAGUCCCGUUGGAGCCAGCCAUACAGGAGAUAUUCAGUGUGUAUGGCUGUCCUGUGUCCAAGAAGAGGAAACCUCUAGAGAGUCAUGCCCUGGAGCUGUCGCCCAACAGAAAGGUCUUUCUAACAGUCAUAGAUCAGGAGUCGAUGGAGAAAUGCUACGAAACAGAUAAAAUGGAGGAAAAAGAGGACGAGGAAGAUGAAGAGGAAAGGGAAGAAGAGGAAUUUACAGACAAUGAGGACCAAUAUGAGAAUGAAGAAGUAGAAGUGAUUAAUGGAGAUGAGGAAGAGGUGGAAGAGGAAGAAGAAGAAGUGGUGGAGGAAGAGGAAGAAGAAAGAGAGGUAGAAGAAGAAGAGGAGGAGGAAGUGGAGGAAGAUGAGGGAGAAUAUGAGGAGCAAGUUGAAGAAAUAGAUAGUGAUCAUAUAAACUGCAGUAAACCAAGCGCCACAGUGGAGAAGGACGACAACAACAACGACGAAUACGAAAACUACGAUGAACUGGUGGCCAAAUCUCUGCUUAACCUUGGCAAGAUUGCUGAGGAUGCUGCUUACCGGGCCAUGACUGAGUCAGAGAUGAACAGCAACUCCUCGAACAGCGCAGAGGAGGAGGAGGAGGAAGAAGAGGAGGAUGAAGAAGAGGACGAAUAUGAUUAUGAAGAAGAGGACGAGGAAGGUGAGGAAUGUUCGAGGAAGAGUGAGCUGAGCCUAGACGUCAACAGUGACGUGGUCAGAGAGACGGUGGACUCGCUUAAGCUCUUGGCACAGGGUCACGGAGUUACACUUUCAGAUAACGUUCACGAAGGAGACUUUCAAGAGAACGGAGAGUGCGGGAACAUUAACGCUAAUGGACUCAACAAUUGUGGGCAGGGCAGAACCAACACUAAUGGUCAGAUGGCAGAUAGGAGCGAUGAGGAAGUUUGCCUGAGCAGUUUGGAGUGUCUUCGCAACCAAUGCUUUGACCUGGCGCGUAAGCUAAGCGAAACCAAGCCGAACAACAGCCAGCAGGUUCAUCAACUUUCUCAGGAGGCCCAACAGCAGCUCCACAACCCCGAGGAACGCCGUGUCCUUGAGCGUAACUACUCGGACAUGGUCAACCUGAUGAAGCUGGAGGAGCAACUCAGCCCUCGCUCCAAGACCUUUUCACAAGAGCACAACAGCUUUCCGGACUGCGAUGAGGACACCACGUCUGUAGCGUCGGACCACUCGGAGGAAGUGUUCGAUAUGACCAAGGGCAAUCUGUCGCUUCUGGAGAAGGCAAUAGCACUGGAAACCGAGCGGACCAAAGCCAUGCGGGAGAAAAUGGCCUCAGAGACAGCCAGGGGAAAUCGAUUGCAUUUGCAUGACGGUUUACGACAUAACUACGCAGAGGAACGUAAGGCACGUCUGCACCAUGAUGGACUGAGGAAGCCCUUCUACCUGAAAGAUUCUUCACGGUCAGGGAAGAAAGAAAGUCGGUGCCCGACGCCUGGUUGUGAUGGGACAGGUCAUGUGACGGGUUUGUACCCUCAUCAUCGCAGUCUGUCUGGAUGUCCUCAUAAAGACAGAGUCCCACCAGAAAUUCUUGCAAUGUAUGAAAAUGUUCUUAAGUGCCCCACGCCUGGCUGCACGGGCCGGGGUCACGUCAACAGCAACCGGAACUCUCACAGGAGUCUGUCUGGCUGCCCGAUUGCGGCUGCGGAGAAACUGGCCAAAGUCCAUGAGAAACACCAACCUUGUGACGGGACCAAAUCCAGCCAGAGUUCAGACCGGGUCCUCAGACCCAUGUGCUUUGUGAAACAGUUGGAGAUUCCACAGUACGGUUAUAAGAACAACGUCCCCACUACAACCCCACGCUCCAACCUUGCCAAAGAGUUGGAGAAAUACUCCAAAACCAGCUUCGACUACAACGGCUUUGACAACCACAACGUGUACAGCAAACGGCAAACCGCCGCGCCCAAAGUCCUCGGUCGAGACUCGCUGCCCAAAAGCGAUGAUGCCAAGCGCUACUGCAAGAGUCCGAGCUCAGCGAGCAGCACCACCAGCAGCUACGGGCCCUGCAGCAGUCUGAGUUGCGGAGGGGGUGGAGCCGGGGGCGGAGCCAGAGGCGGAGAAAGCAGCGCCAGCAGCACCUGCAGCAAAAGCAGCUUCGACUUCACCCACGACAUAGAGGCGGCACACAUGGCUGCCACUGCCAUCCUCAACCUGUCUACUCGCUGUAGGGAAAUGCCACAAAGCCUGAGUGGAAAGCCACUGGAGAUCUGCGCGCAGUCUGAUGAUCUGGAUCCCUUUCAUGACAUUUUAGAAGAUAGCACGUACGCUCCAGAUGUCAAUAUUCCCAGUCCAAAACCAAAAUUCCCACCUUGCAAAGAAAGCAAGAAGGAUCUGAUCAUUCUUUCAGGUUGUCCUUUAGCAGAUAAAAGCAUUCGGAAUAUGAUGGCCACCAACUCCCAAGAGCUCAAGUGCUCGACCCCGGGCUGUGACGGCUCGGGACAUAUAACUGGCAACUACGCUUCACAUCGAAGUUUGUCAGGAUGUCCACGCGCUCGAAAGAGUGGAAUAAAGAUAACACACAGCAAAGAGGACAAAGAAGACCAGGAGCCAAUCAGGUGUCCGGUGCCCGGCUGUGACGGUCAGGGUCACAUAACAGGGAAAUACGCAUCGCACCGCAGUGCGUCAGGCUGUCCUCUGGCGGCCAAACGGCAGAAAGAUGGAUAUAUCAACAGUUCCCAGUUCACGUGGAAAGCUGGUAAAGCAGAAGGAAUGGCGUGUCCCACUCCGGGCUGUGAUGGAUCUGGACACGUCAGUGGCAGUUUCCUCACCCACAGAAGUCUCUCUGGUUGCCCACGAGCCUCAGCGGCCAUGAAGAAAGCCAGACUAUCAGGAGUAGAGAUGCUGACAAUUAAACAGCAAUCAAGCAACGGUUUAGACAGUGAUAGAGAAGUUAAACAGCUAAAUGAAGAUAUUGAAGAUUUAAAUGAAGCUAAUUCACAGGUGGAGGCAGAUAUGAUCAAACUUAGAACACAGAUUACAACAAUGGAGUCAAAUCUGAAGUCCAGAGAGGAAGAAAACAAGAAAUCAUCACUUCACAAGGAGCCCAAUAGAAAUAACAGCUGUUUACAGCUUCAUCAGAGAGAGCCAAUGAAUGAAGAGAACUUUGAUGCUUAUGUCAGCACACUAACGGACAUGUACACAAACCAAGAGCAGUAUCAGUGUCCGGAGAACAAGGCCCUGCUGGAGAACAUUAAACAAGCGGUACAAGGCAUUCAAGUGUAGCUUCGGGAAGGAAUACAGGGGACAAAAGACAAUUCCAGAAAAUAUGGGAUGCAUCAUAUUGUGUGUCAGUGUUAAAUACAUACGUUCUUUAAAAAAGUCAAUGGUCAAGUGUUAUGCUGACUAUGAAUAUGAUUUUUUUUUUUGGACUUGCAUUAUUUGUUGGCCUUGCUUAAAAAAUUACAAUGUGCAGAACAAUCUGCGUUUUUUGGAAAUAUUUACAUUUUGUACGUUUUCAUAUGGACUAACAUAGUGUGAAGUCAUCUUUCUCGCUGCUCAUUAAUGCACCUUUUAGUGUAUAUUUCUGAAAAGUAAUGCAACCUUUACUGAAUAUACAUUCUUUUAAAAUGCUUGCUGAGAGAGGAUUGCAGAGAGAAGUCGAGGGUGAAGUGUGUCAUUUUGCAACAUUUCAAAACACUACAUAACGCUAAAUACUUUCACUGUGUUUCUUAAUGCUGGAGCAGGGGACCAAAAUUAGCAUGUCUCCAUUUCUGAAACACCCACGCUUCGUCCGAAAUCGUGUACUGUGACAAUUAGAUGAAGUACUCUCAACUUUAUUGUUAAAACAGUAUAUUUAUAUACAGUAGUAUGUGUGGCUGCACUAUAUAAAGUACGGUAAAUACAUUUUAGACAUACUGCAUCCACCAUGUUGUGUGACCUGUAUGUCUUUAAACUGUGAUGUAAUCAGAACAACUACGACUAUAACUUACAUCUGCAUUGUAAGCAGAAUAAAGCAUGUGCUUUAAAGGGGCAUUCAGUAGGAUCUACCCCCAUCUAGUGGUGGAAUUGUAUUUUCCAUUCAAACGAACAGUGCUGACUAGCUCCUCCCCUUUCCAAAUGCGUGUUUCAACUACGGUAGCCGUUAUGUAAUCACUGAUCUCCUUGUCCGUUGCAGCUGGUUCACGUGUUCUGAAUGAAAACGCGUUGUUCAAACGCGUUGGUAGGCUAGUGCUUUUUGUCCCUCUCUGCUAUUAUAGUUUAUCAAU